AUGGCAGGGUUUUCUCUUCACCUGCAGUCAGGAAAGAUCAUUGGUGGGUCUGAAGCCAAGCUACACUCCAGGCCCUACAUGGCUCAUUUAUUAAUUGUAAAUGAGUCAGCUAGAUUUACACGUGGAGGAUUCCUGCUUCGCUCAGAUGCAGUGGUCUCAGCAGCUCACUGUGUGCCUGGCAAAAGUAUCACCAUGACUCUGGGAGCCCACAAGAUCCGGAAGAAAGAGUUGAAAGAUACCCUUAAAAAUGACCUCAUGCUGCUGAAGCUGGAGCCAAAGGCCAGGCUCUCUGAAGAAUCGAAUUAUAUCCUCUUGCCCAGUCGCAAUGAGCAUGUGAAACCAGGAACCAUCUGCACAGUGGCUGGGUGGGGUGGCACAUCGAUGACCGGGGCCAAUACUAGUGUGCUGAUGGAGGUGGACCUAAAAGUUCAGCAGGCUGAUUCUGGUGGCCCAUUAGUCUGCAAUGGGAAGGCUCAAGGCAUUGUUUCGUAUGGACUCAAAUCCUGCAUCUUCCCUAAAGUGUUGACCAAUCUCCUAUUUUGA